GUUGAGGUCGCGCCACACUAUUUCACUUUUCCUCGCGGGCGGCGGUGGUUAAAUUACUUAUUUUUGGCGCCAAUCGCACUCCGGUGGCUAGCAGGCUAGCAGCCGUCCGACCCGCUCUUGCGCCGCUGCAUCUCAUCGUGAAGGUGGAGGAGGACGGGGAGGAAUCAAAGUUUAUUACUUUCGAGCAGCCGGGAUGAGCACGUCGAGGGAGGAGUCGCCAGAUUGGCUGCGCUCUUUCCAGGUACCCGAAACUCAUUCACCAGUGGAAUUAUCCUCAGAUUCCGAGGCUUCACUGAAUGGAGUUCCUUCGGGGGAGGAUAAAUCAGAAACUCAUUCACCAGUGGAAUUAUCCUCAGAUUCCGAGGCUUCUCUGAAUGGUGUUCCUUCGAGGGAGGAUAAAACCGAUUCCCCUGAAUUGUCUCCAUGUAAAUCUUCUAAACUUGCCGAUGAAGAUCAGAAUAAAGUUCUUGGGGAAAGUGUUGCAGAGUCUACAUCUGGUAAGAAAUUAAAACGAAACUCUCCAAAGCAAAGGAAAAAAGCAGAAGAUCAGAAAUCCCCUAAAAAGAAGAAACUAGAGAUAUCCAAGGAAGGAGAAGGAAACAGUGAUGAUGCAGAAGUUGCAGAGGAAGAACCAUCUGGGAAGCACAUUGAGCCUCAUGUCUCCACCUCAAGGUUGCCUUUGGUGCUCUCUGAAAAAGUCCAACGCUCGAAGGCACUUGUUGAGUGUGAAGGAGAAUCCAUAGAUUUGAGUGGUGAUAUGGGUGCUGUAGGACGGGUAAUUAUUUCAGAUUCCAAAUCUGCGGAUCCUGAAAUGUACCUUGAUUUGAAAGGAACCAUAUACAAAACAACAAUAGUUCCUUCCAGGACAUUUUGUGUUGUUAGCUUUGGUCAGUCGGAGGCAAAGAUUGAAGCUAUCAUGAAUGACUUCAUUCAGUUGAAACCACAAUCAAAUGUUGAUGAAGCUGAAACAAUGGUUGAAGGAACCCUAGAUGGUUUCUCGUUCAAUUCAGAAGAUGAGGGUGACAAACUUCCUAAAGCCACACCUCAACAAGCUGAUCAAAACGAGGAUGCUGAAGAACAAAAUAAGGGGGUAACCAAGGCGAAGGCUAAGAAAGCAUCGACUGUUGUAAGGAAGAGAGCUAAACCUGCCGGAGGGAAGCCACAAUCAGCAAAGAAACCAAGAAAGAAACCUCAAGUUUCCAAGAAGGCUAAGGGCAAGAAAUGAGGCACACAAUUUUGUUUAUCAUUUAUUCUGCCGCAAAUUGGGAUAUUAGUUCUCAUAGUUGACAGGAGUGGAUUGGUGAUGUAGAAUAGCUAGCGGAUCAGGUUAUCUAGCAGCUCGACGGGCAUAAUCACAAGAAUAACAAGGUUUUGAGUUGUUUUUUGUGUCUGAUUUAGGCGGAGAAUACACCGUUUUGAAGGCAAUGAUAUGUAUCUUGUUACUGUCAUUGUUUUAAGUUGGUUGAUGGAGUAUUUAGUGACCAUUACUGUAUAAUGAUGCCGAUUGGUGGCCUAUAUUCAUUUGAAAUUUUUACAUGUAGGAUCCAUUGUUCAUGAUUCGAUACAAGUUUUGUAUUGUAUUUGUA